AGAAUGCCGUUCGCCAACCUUUGACACCGGAAAUACAUUUUUGGAAAGCGUGAUGAAACACGGAAGUUACUGCAGUAGCCGCAUGAAUACUGCAAGUUCUGCAAGGACAUGGUUCAUUUAUUAAUGUUAAUGCUAUUUCGUCUGUGUUUUAAGUGACACUAAUAUAUGUUAGGUUGGUUCUGUGAUUAAUGCAUUAGGAGGUUUUACAGUGCUUUUAAGAUAGAUGUGUAACUCUUCUGAUAAGUCUGUUAAGCAAGGUCACUUAGGACCACCGAGGAUAAAAGAUCUCAGUUGAUCGGUUUGCAUAAAACUCUAAUAAAGGUAGAAGUUUGGAGCAAUGGCGGGAUUAAUCAACUUUGAAGAUGAAAAAGAAGUUAAAGAGUUCUUGGAUAACUUGGGGGUGGAGUACAGUUAUCAAUGUUACCGUGAGAAGAGUCCUGAAGGGUGCCAGCGGCUGGCUGAUUACUUAGAAGGGAUAAAGAAAAAUUACGAGGCGACAGCUCAGGUACUCAAACACAACUGCGAAGUCAACAAUCACAGCGAAAGCUGCUAUAAGCUGGGCGCGUACCACGUUACCGGCAAAGGUGGUGUUGCUGAAUGCCUUAAGAAAGCCUACUCCUGUUUCACACGAGCGUGCGAUCAAGGGGGGAAGAGCUCAGUGAAUGCCUGCCACAAUGUAGCCCUGCUGGUACAUGACGGGCGUGCCCUUGAAGGCACCACAGAUGCCGGUGUGGCCCGGCAGUAUUAUGAGAAGGCGUGUGCAGGGGGCUUUGCCCCCAGCUGUUUCAAUCUGAGCACACUGUACAUCCAGGGUGCCCCGGGCAUUUCCAAGGACAUGACACAGGCCCUGAGGUAUGCGCUGCAGGCCUGCCAGUUGGGCCACGUGUGGGGCUGCGCCAACGCCAGCCGCAUGUACAAGCUGGGCGACGGCACUGCGCCUGAUCAUCAAAAGGCAGAGGAGCUGAAGAACCGUGCCAAGGAACUACAUGGCCAGAAGCAGCAGCGCCAGCUGGCCUUCGGACAGUAAGAGAGGACUGGGCUUCCUCUCAGAGCUAUGACUUGUGAAAUUGAUUCUCCUGGUGAAAUCUUCUCUCAGCCAUAUUUUUGUGGCACAUUUAUUUAUGCGUGGCAAUUUGCAGAAAAAUGUGUUCAGUGACUUAUUCCGUUUUCCUUUGGUUACCGGCAAUGAACAAGUUGUACUUUAAUAAAAAUCUGCUUGAAAUGUA